AUGAUUGUUCUCACUGUUGAGAAGCGAAAAUUUGUGCUAAUCGAACCCUAUUCUAAUGAGCCGAUUGUGGAGUCUACAGCUGAACAGAGGGCUGCAUAUGAGAAGUGGGUUCAAUUUGAUGAGAUGGCCCACUGCUACAUUACGGCUUCCAUGUCAAAUGUGUUGCAGCAGAAACAUCAGAACAUGGACACUACAACUCAAAUUAUGGAAGGUCUUCAGAAAAUAUUUGGCCACCGAGGUCAUCAGGCUCAACGGGCUGCCAUUAGGUCUAUUAUGAACAUUCGCAUGAAACUAGGGAUGCCCGUGAGAGAUCAUAUGCUUGCAUUCAUCGCUCAAUUUAACGUGGCUGAGCUUUUAGGGGUUGAAAUCCAAUCAAAGACGUAG